GCUGCUCUGCUGUGUCUUGCAUGUUCAGCUUCGUUGCCUCCUCACAAGGUUGACUCGAAGAUCUACUUGACCCAGUGUUGUGCACGACCGAUCUGUCCGCAUUGUCUCUCCACGAACCCGCGUCUGGCCAGAUACAAUCCGUGCCUUCGAUGUCUGGCGGGUGUCAACGCUGUCAAGACUAGGCCGUCUGCAGCCAGCUCAAGUCAGCGCCAUGGCGAUAAUGCGGCCACGAGAACGAACAUAGACGGUUCCGUACGGGACGAAGACAUAUUUGUAGUAGAGGACGAAGACGAAUCCGAGUCGGAU